CCCGAGUAAUGUCAAACCAGUUUGUCAAAAGAUGUCGCGUUUAUUCGUAUAAAAAGUGGUCUUGACAUGUGGUUUUCUUGAUUUUGUUUUAAAGUGUCAUCGUUGUAAGAACGUCUAAAAAAUAAGAAUGAAAAGUCUUAUAGUGUUAUUCCUUCUGGGAGUAUCGGCGAUAGCUUCGUCUCAAAAAUAUACUGAUCGGUUUGACAACGUAAACGUGCAGGAAAUAUUGAAUAACAAGAGAUUACUCAGUGCUUAUAUCAACUGUGUUUUGGAAAAAGGAAAGUGUACCAAUGAAGGCAGGGAACUCAAAUCCCAUAUUAAGGAUGCACUGGAGAACCAAUGCGCUAAAUGUACUGAAGCACAACAUAAGGGAACCCGCACAGUCCUCGGCCAUCUCAUAAACCGUGAACCCAGCUCUUGGGAGCAGCUCGUGAAGAAAUAUGACCCAGAGAGAAGAUACGUGCAUAAGUACGAAAAGGAACUAAGAGAGAUCACAGUAUAACAUUACCUUAUUUUUUAUUAUGUUGUAGAAUAAGAAUUCAAGGUUCUUUACGUCUUUCCCAUUACUUACUCGACUGAAGUUUUGCUGUCAGUAGCUGGGGUAGAGGGCAUUCACAGUGCAUCUCCAUCUUCAUCAGAACCGCCAGCGAAACAUCUGUCUCGAUUUCUCUCAGGUCUCUCCAUUGUGCUUCGCUUCGUCAAUGUCAGUUCGCCGCCAGGUUUGCUUUGAACGGCUACGGAAAUGUUUCCAUUAGGUCUUUCAGUCUAGGGCUUGCCUCAUCCCUUCGGCGUGUGUGGAUCCAGCUCUGUUCUUUCCAAUAUCACCAAUCCUCUCGCCUUUUUCGAUAUUUUAGUUCUCGUCAGUACUUUAAUACAAUACUGUUAUAUAUUUUAGAGCAUUCUUUCUCGCUCUAAAUUUAUAUUGGAGGGCUCUCCCUUCUCUGCUCACUUUUCUCCUCCUUAGUCGUUCACUCUUGACAGAGUGGUCGUGGGUGAAUGUUGAGACUGUAGGUACACACAAGACGUACCUAUGGUGGAUAAUGCAGCCCUCGCAAUGCGCCUCCACUUGUCUUCAGGGUUACGGGAACAUUGGACUAUGGUGGUUUGUGUCGCAGCCUUUAUCAGGUCUGUCCAACGCGUAGGUGACCGACCUCGUGACCGCUUGCCUUCCACUCGUCCUGCUCACUUUGAGAAAUGCUUAUAAAAAGUAUUGGACACGUCAGACGUGAUACAGCCAGAACAUUUACACACUGCAUUAUCACUAUGGAACCUGUAGUAGAAGUAUACUCGGUUCUCAAAAUCUCAGCGCAGUCCAACAGUAGAUAUCUUCAAACACAACUCCUCUUCUGUCUUUUCUUAUUUAAGGCGGCGGACUUUGUAUUAUACUAUUACAGUAAGGCUGCCCAGUUUGUUUGUUUGUUUUUAUUCGUAAGGUGAAUGUCAAUAUACAUGUAGUUUAAUCAGUGCUUUAUACUUUUAUUUUUGUGUGUGUUCUCUUAUGACAUUACUGUAUGUUUUUAUUGUAGCUUUUUGUUAUUAAAAUGUAAAGAAAUA